AUGCCUGCUUGUGUUCCCAACUUGGACCCAACUCUCGUGCUUAGCAACUUCACAUUGAGUCAGUACUCCGAUAAUCUCAAUGAUACCAAGUACACAGGAGUCGGCAUUGGGUCUGAAGGUAACUGGAUUGUUGUUGUUCUUACCACAAGCACUCCUGAGGGAAGCUUUGUGAAAGCUUCUUCUGACAGUGUGUCGGCUGGUUUCACGACUGCUGCCACUCUGGUUUCUCCGUUGCUGCUUCUACUGUUGGCGUGCUUGCUUUUGUUGUAA